UUAAAAAUGGCGGCGGCCGGACAAAAUUUUGGAUAGUGAACAGGCCUCGAAGUACAUGUACCUUCCGUGAUUGGGCGGUAGUGAAGAUCCUCUGGAGACAGACUGAAAAUGACCAUCGCAUCAACUCGAUUCUCCCUUAUAAUUUGAUAUGUCACCUGAGUAGAAGCACCGAGAUUCAUUAUUGUUUUAGAAAUGGAGCCCAACCCUAAAGACUGCCAUACCCUGACAGAGUUUGGUGCUUUGGACUCAAAAGAAGAUAAGAGUGGAGGUUUACUGUCGUGGGUGUCUUCUAAAUGGAAGAGAGUGAAAGGGUCUAAAGUUCCUGGAAGAGCAGCAAACAAGGAAGAUGUUGGAGAGAAAAAGACCAAUGGUAGCUCAGUGCAGGGUGGUCAGGGCAGUGGUAGUGAGGGUCAGAGGGUGAUAAUUCCUAAAUGGAAGAGAGUGAAAGGGUCUAAAGUUCCUGGAAGAGCAGCAAACAAGGAAGAUGUUGGAGAGAAAAAGACCAAUGGUAGCUCAGUGCAGGGUGGUCAGGGCAGUGGUAGUGAGGGUCAGAGGGUGAUAAUUCCUCCCAUUGAUUUACCUUUACCAGAAGGUGGCAGCAGUUGUAUACAGAAUGCAGAUGAUAAUGCAAGUAUUGGAAGCAGUGUUUCAGAUGGCAGCGUGAUGAACAGAAGUGGGCAGUUUAUAAUGCCCAAAAGGACACUCACAGGAGUUUUAAAUAGACUAAGCAGCAUCUUGGCAAUGAAUACACAGUCACAGAUCUACAAAGACAUGGAGUUCAAGCAGUACUGGAUGCCAGACAAAGAUUGUAAGGAAUGUUACGAGUGUGGAGAUAAAUUCACCACUUUCAGACGGAGACAUCAUUGUCGUGUCUGUGGACAGGUGUUCUGUAGUCGCUGCUGCAAUCAGGAGGUGCCAGGGAGGGUGAUGGGUUACACAGGUGACUUGAGGGUUUGUUCCUACUGUUGCAAUGUGGUACUGAGUUAUGCUCAGCAAAAUCCAUCUGGAGAGAUAUCAGAACCCCUUCAAGAAGAUCUGAAGACCCUGGCAAAGGAGGGCAAGGAAAGCAGCUUGAAAGUAGUGCUCCAUGGAUUUGGUCGUUGGACCCCCAUACCAAGGAGGAAGGAAAUAAAUGGAGAUGAAGAUAGUAACUGGAACAGGUCAGCCAGUGCAACAGACCUGGAUAGUUAUGGACAAAAGUUUUCUUCCAACAUGUUUGAUCUGACUCCUCAGACUGAGUUGGCCUCCCAGCAGCUGAUAGCAGAAGAUGAAAGAAGGUUACUGAUUGAGGACUCUGUGCAGCUCAAGAACAUUUGGCAAUUAAUAAAACAUCCAACAGAGGGAAUUGAGUUUCAGAGCCAUAGAUAUCGUCUUAGAACUUACCCAAACUGUAUCUUAGGGAAUUCUUUAGUGGACUACCUGAUCAAAGCUGAUAAAGCUGGCAACAGAAUGCAGGCCGUGGUGAUAGGGCAAGCUCUGGUGGAUGCCAGGUGGUUGGAGUGUGUUACUUUAAACCAGCAGAUCUUCAGAGAUGAGUAUGUCCUGUACAGACCAGGAGAGGCUGCAGCAAGAGAAAGCCCAGAUGAAGAUCUGUCUAAAGAUACAGCUGCCCAGGAGGUGAAUCUGGAGCCAUCUUGGCUGAGUGAGAUCCAACAGCAAGACAGUGAUUCAUUGUCACUCUCAGAAGAGCAAGACAUCAAGCCAUCUACUCACCCUCCCUCUGUGUUUUAUGUCAGCAAAGAUGGAAAAGGGGGGGAUGAGUCUCCUAAAAGAAAAAAGCUGCAGAAACCAGAUAAAGGUGGAAAAAUUAUGGACAGUGAGUCUUUUGCAGAGACUGAUAUGGAAAACACUGGUGCUUUUGAGGAAUUUAUUAGAGGUGCUCUCAUUGUAAGUGCCAGCAAUACAAAGAUGGACAGCAUAGAGUCACUGCAGAGAAGCUGGCAUUCAGAUGAUACCAUAGACAGCAGUGACAAUUCCACAGCCUCUUUAGCUUACCAAAGAAUGAUUAAAGCUCACAAAGAACACAUGACCAACCUUACCAAGCAGUUGCUGACCCAGGAAGGUUUGUCAAUGGGAUGGACAGAUUUGAUCAUGACAAAAGCCACGAAAGUUGCUGAAGUGGUGAACCCUGACGUCAGACAUGAGGGAGAUGAGAUGGAUAUAAGAGCUUAUGUGCAGGUUAAAAAGAUACCAGGAGGGGAGAAGACAGAUACCAAGAUCUACCAUGGUGUGGUGUGUAGUAAGAAUAUAUCCCACAAGAAGAUGCAGCACAGUAUUAACAACGCUAAGAUCCUGCUGCUCAGGUGCAGCAUAGAAUAUCAGAGACGAGAGCAGAAGUUUUCCUCUUUAGAACCACAGAUAUUACAGGAAAAUGAAUUUAUCAAGAACAAUGUCUCAAAGAUAGCGGCAUGGAAGCCAGACUUACUGCUGGUAGAGAAAUCAGUAUCAAGGCUAGCUCAACAGUUUAUCCUGGAUGAAGGCAUAACUCUGGUUCUCAAUGUAAAACCAAGUGUGAUGAAGAGGGUUGCCAGACUCACCCAGGCAGAUAUUGUCUCGUCUAUUGAUGGUCUUGUGAAUAAGCCUACACUUGGAACUUGUAGAAAUUUUAGAGUCCACACUCACUCCUUGCCAAAGGGCUACAAGAAAACCCUGAUGUAUUUUGAUGGCUGUCCAGCACAUUUAGGUUGCACAGUGACACUGAGGGGGGCAUCAGAACCCGAGCUGAAGAGGGUGAAAAAUAUUCUACAGUUCAUCAUCUAUAUUGCCUUCAACUCAAGAUUGGAAAUUUCCUUUCUCAUGGAUGAGUUUGCCAUGCCACCCCCUGCCCCAGAUGAGGUCCCCCUGGGGAUAGAUGCCCUGGGGUCAUCCCCAGAAAGUCCAGACAAAAAGUUUGAAUUUAAAGAGCAGGGGAAGGAGAGUGAAAAAAGCCUUGAGUUCAAGCCACUCAGCAGUAUAACUGUCUCAGAAGACAAUGGGGAAGUGCAUGCUGGGAAGGCACUUUCAGCAUUCCCUCAUCCUGACCUUGACCCCCAAAUGGGGAAGCUGACAGAUAUGUUGCAAAAAGAAAUUGUUGAAGGUGACAUUCCAGUUCUUCAGCUCACCAAACCCAAACCUGAUGUCAGAUCACAAGGUGGAAGUGGACACAGAGAUGCUAAUCCAGCAAAGCGUUCUGCCAGUAAAUCUCCUGUAAGGCAAACAAAAAAUUCUAAAUCUCCCAAACAUGGAGAUUCUGCACACGGUCAUAAUACUCUUGAUGUUCAGAACAGCAGUGACAGUGGAAAAAUAUAUAGUAGCAGUGGUUCAGAGAACAGUGAAGACAAACGUGGAUCAACUUCGGCAUCUGUGGUACUGGAUAAAUCAGACCCCUUACAAACAUACCAACAGACUGAAGAUGACUCCAUCUUUUUUACAACUGAACAAAUGAAGGCAGAAACAAUUAAACAGUCUCAGAUUUUUAAGAAAACACUAGAUGACAUAAUUCUGUCAGGAUCGCCGUACUUGCGCUAUGAGGUACCUUUCCUAGUGACAGAGGAAGGCCAGAAUUGUGCCUCCAGAAAAUAUCUACAGAAGGAUUUGUACUGGUCUGUACACUUGACCCCUGAUGGUCACAAAAAACAGAGACAAAGGUUUGGUGACUUACAGACUCAUUUUGAGGAUGUAUUUGGGAUGAAUGGUGUGGAGGUGGCUCCCCCUCACCAAUUCUUGUUAGAAACGGUUGUCAAACCUGUUACAGAUAGAGAGAUGCAGGGUCUGCUGGCAGACUUCAGGGCGACUGGUGGUAGAAUCAAACCCAUUUGUCCCCAAGAAAGCAAACUCCAGAAGACACACCGGAAUGACCACAUUGCACAAAGUACAGAACAUAAAAAUUCUGAAGUGGUCGGUGAUUUGAUUUGGGAGAAGAAGACUGACUGCUUGAACCCAGCUCUUCACCAGAGAAUUGCUGUUUCCUUCUGCAGUUUCUCAUAUGUAUCAUCCAAUACUCCGAAUCAUUGUGUAUUUCCUUGGGUUGUCAAAAUGGCUUUUUAUGGGAGGAAUGACAUCACAUUAGGAGGCUUUCUUGAAAGAUAUUGUUUUAGAGAGGCGUACAAGUGCCCCCAUGAGAAUUGCGGCACACCAAUGGUGGACCACAUCAGGCGUUUUGUCCACGGCCAGGGCUGUAUCCAGAUCACCAUGAGGAAGCUGGAACACAAACUGCCAGGGUUCACUGACACCAUUCUCACAUGGAGCUAUUGUAAUAAGUGCAAGCAGGCCAGCGCAGUGGUUCCUAUAGCUUUAGAGACUUGGUCAUUGUCGUUUGCUAAAUACCUAGAGCUGCGUUUCCAUGGUAACGUGUACACCCGACGCGAUGCCCAGAAGUCGUGUACACACUCUCUCCACAGUGAUCACUAUCAGUACUUUGGUUUCAAACAGACUGUGGCAUCUUUCAAAUACAGUACUGUCAAGAACAAAGACAUUGCGCUGCCACCUCUGAGGAUCUGCUACGUGAAGGACUGUGGGUUUUGGGAAGAACAAACAUUAAAAUGGAUGCCUGCAGUCAACUGGCACUACAAGACAAAGGAGGGACUCAAGAAACUUUAUCAAGAUGGUCUUCAGGUGUUUGAUUCUAUAGUGCAAUUACUGCAUAAACUCCGCUUGGAAACUCAGUCAGAUAAGCAAGCAGAGGUUGUUGAAAAGCAUCUGGGGCAACAACAGAAAGACAAAGCUGACUUUCGAGAGAAAAUGGAAAAGCUCUUCAAGCAUUUUCCUGUGAACCAAGACAUGGUUUCAGCAGACAGCGUGAUAUCUGAUGCCGCCAUCUUGGAAGUGACGGAUGGUAUGGUCAGGAUGAAGCAACUGGUGGCAGAGAAUGUUUCAGAUUGGAAUACAAAGAUCUUAGAAUUUCAACAUCAACAAAAGAAAAUGGAAAAAGAGAAGAACAAAAAGGAUUCAAUGCAGAAAAGUGGGAAAGAGUCCAACUCUGGCACCCCCAAGACUGGGAACAGCUCCCCCAGUAAUGCAUCAGGGGUUGAAAAGGUAUCUUUGCCAACUGCGGAAAAAACUACAGUAGAGGAAGGCUCUUAUGAUCCCUUGGCUGCAUGGUGCUGUAAUAAUGUGUCCAAAGAGAUGGAAGAAGCUAUGAAAGAUAUCAGUAAGACUCCUGAGAUAACUUCAGGUUUGGAACUAACCACCUCUGCAGAUAGUUAUGUCUUUAGUGACAGCCCUGGGAUAAAUGCUGUGCUUCUCAGCCAGGCUCUGGAUGGGGGCAGUGACCCUGCUCAGCCACCUGUGAACCCCAUAGACAGUGGGUUUGUCGUCUGUCACUUUAGUAGUAUUAAUGCUCCUCGAGAAGUAAUAAUCGGCAAACCAUCUGGUGAGGAGCGUGCCCCUGAAGCCACCAUCUCCGCUGUCUCUGAACACAAGGGACACAGAAAGACAAAGUCUGCUGAUGAGAGCAAGAAUACGAGAGCAGAGGGCGCAGAGAGAGGUAGCAAACAGGGAGGAGCCAUGAAGAACAUUAUCACCAGUUUUCUGUCUAGUAUUGGUCCAGUUCCCAUACACAAUCCAUUCCCACCAGAUGAGCACUACCUCCUGCCUCUGUCAGAUGACAUUCCAGUGAUUGUGUUAGACAGGGAACCAAGCUCUAUUAUUGCUUAUGCAUUAAGCUCUAUUGAGUACAAAGUGAAGUUGAAUGAACUGAAGCAACUUGCUCUUUCCAAAGAAGCGUAUGAUAUAAACCAGAUCAAGAAGGGGGGACUAUCUAGAGUGGAGAGCACGGGGAGGCUGGACGCAGUCCAACAUUGGAAGGCAGCUGGGGGUGUCUUAAAGUUUCUACGGAGCGCAAAAGGGCAGAGUAGCCGGGACUCCAGCCCCAGUAGAAAGAAGGACUUGGAGGCCUCGGUCAAGUUUACCCCUGGUGAAAGUGAAUCUAGUUAUGAAGCAAGCACCUACUUUGAGGAAAUAGAUGGAAAAGAAGCCAAGACUCCUAAAUACCACAUAGAGCUCCAAUAUGCUGAGGGAUCAUCAAAGUUCUACUGUCAAGUUUACCAUGCUGAGAGCUUCAAGCAGAUGAGAAAAAUCUUGUGUCCAGAGGGGGAAGCAGGGUACAUCAGGUCUUUAUCCAGGUGUAUUAACUGGCUUGCCAAGGGAGGGAAAUCUGGAUCUGCUUUUUGUAAAACUCAAGAUGACCGCUACAUUUUGAAGCAGAUGUCCAAGCCAGAGGUGCAGUCUUUUCUAGAGUUUGCUCCCCACUAUAUUGAGUACACAUUGAAAUCUCAUACAGAUAAGAGUCCUACUGCUCUUGCCAAAAUAGUAGGAGCAUAUAGGAUUGGUUUCCGUAACAACCAAACCAACAUGGCUACCAAGCAAGAUCUUCUGGUGAUGGAAAAUUUAUUUUAUCCUCAAAGCAAGAAAAUUACUCAGGUAUAUGAUUUAAAAGGUUCAGAGCGUAACCGAUUAGUCAAGACAGCCAAUCAGAAGAGUGAGGAUUUAGUGCUUUUAGAUGAAAAUUUGUUGAAAAUGAGCCUAGACAAUCCGUUAUACCUGCGUCCUCACGCCAGGAAGGUGUUGAUGUCCGCCAUUACCAACGACACCCAGUUUCUGUCCAGCCAUCUUGUCAUGGACUACUCCUUACUGAUGGGUGUAGAUGAACAGAAAGGAGAGGUUCUUGUAGGAAUCAUUGACUACAUCAGAACAUUUACCUGGGACAAGAAGCUGGAGACCAUGGUGAAGUCUUCAGGGAUCCUGGGAGGACAAGGGAAAAUGCCAACAGUUGUGUCUCCAGAGCUGUACAGAACUCGUUUCUUGGAGGCAAUGGACCGGUAUUUCUUGGAGGCCCCUGAUAGGUGGAAUGGACUUAGUUGUGAUCUGGAAAUUUAAGAUGGAGGAAGAGCAGCGCUGUGUGCUGGGCCAGUUUUUAUAUAAAUAUUGGAUUUAACACCAAGACAGGUUUACUCUUAUGUAAGGGAAAGGUUUACCCAAACAUGGUUUACAUAGGGGUGUGGGUUUACCCAAA